UAUGUACGUCGACCACAUAAGUAACUCACCUCCUUAAUUAAUCUCCUUCAAUCCCAAACAGUAAACGCAAAGAAACCCAACCAUCACACGAUUCACAGCUUCACCAAGACCCAGAAGCACAACAACAAGAAGAAGAGGAGGAAUUACAAAUGCAAGAAGAUAAUUGGGAACUGUCGGUCUGUCCCAGCUUCAGCAGCUACUCUUCCGAUAAGCUCGCCGACAUAGCCGCUAAAGUCGUUGAUGGUGAUGAUGGUCGUCAUCGGGGCGAGGAACUCGACGACGACUUCGAGUUCGUUUCGGUUUCUAGAGCCGACGACGACGUGGUGGUGGUCGAUGGCCAGAUCGGCCCGGUUUUUCCGGUAUUCAAUCGUGACUUAUUAAGUAAAAGUUGGUUACAAGGCAACGAGGAUCACGACGGACGGUCUCUUCGGGUUCCGCUAAAGAAGCUGUUCGUGGAUGAACGCGAUCCCACUACCUCGUUUUCGUCGUCGUCGUCGUCGUCUUCGUCGGAGGAUGAAGAGGGGGAGGGCGAGCUGGAGGGUGUCCCGCCGGGAACAUACUGCGUUUGGACCCCAAAUAACAACAACUCUGCCAAAGCCUCACCCAGCCGAUGCAAGAAGAGCAAUUCCACCGGAACUAAAACCACUGGAUCAUCAUCGUCCAAACGCUGGAGGCUCUCGAGCUUGCUUCGGAGGAGCAACAGCGAGGGCAAGAACGCGUUCGUGUUCUUGACUCCCAAGAAGGAAGAGAUCAGACCCGAGAAGGCUGUUAAUCGUGAGCCGGGCACGAAGGAAAAGAAGGUCAAAACGGUGUCGUCGGCGCACGAGGCGUUCUACACGAGGAACAGGGCGAUGAGGGAGGGGGACAAGAGGCGGACAUACUUGCCAUACAGGCAGGACCUGGUCGGGUUCUGGGCUAACGUGGGUGCGCUGGGCAAGACCUUUCCUCCUUUCUAAGGUUUCUCGGAUCUGAUCGGUUUUGUUUGACCCACUUUUUUUUUUUUUUUGUUGGUUAAUUACCAAUUGUCAUCAAGUUAUAAUUAUUAUUUUUAAUAUAUAUAUAUAUAUAUAUAUAUAUAUAUAUAUAUAUAUAUAUAUAUAUAUAUAUAUAUAUAGGAAGUGUGAAGAAAAAAAAAAAAAGAGAGAGAGAGAAGAGGAAAAGUAAAGCUUUGGAAAUGUGAUUUUUACAUGAUCGUACGUGUACAUUAUUACUUUCCUUUUUACUAAAAUUGCAGAAGAUUUUGUCA